AUGUUUUCCAGAAAGCAAGUACAAAAACGCAACAACGAGCUCAGCUCGUUGCAUUGCUCUAAUUCAUCCAACAGCUUAAACCGGAUCCACAAGAACGAAGAGACAGCAAAGGGUACCGUUGGUGUCAAUGCCCGUGGCAAUAAUCGCAGCGACAAUGUAGCGUCACCGGGCCAGUUGAGGCCUCGCACGUCGUCUAUUUUAACCGACAAUAGUGAAUGGAUCCUGUUUUCUCCCGAGAACGCUGAAGGUGAAUACGUGAUAACGUCAUCUGACGGGAUACGGCGAACAAACUCAAAUCAUUACUAUUACAAUUACAACGAGGACGACAUUUUGUCGUCUUCAAGGAGAAGCAGUGAGGAUGUGUACGAUGCCGAGCAAGAAUAUACUGAGCAACCAGUGAACAAUCACGUUCAGGUGGAGGACGAAGAAGACGACGAUAGUAUCAUCAACGACUUGACCCAUGUUGUGGACGACUACGACUAUGAAGAGGAAGAUGAUAAACAGGAUUUAACCACAAGGAUCGACAACUGGAGGAAAAAACAAGUUUCUGAGUUGCUCAAUGAGCUGAAUCAUGACGACGACCUGGAUCCUGUUCUUAACAGAGACAAAAUAGACCUUAUUCAAAGUUGGGGAAUAGAAAAUGAAAAGCUGAAUACCAAGCCCAGAGCUAAAAAGAGACAGAGAAAAAGUAAACGGGCUAGCUUUUAUGGACAGGAUUUACUUUCAAAGUACUCUAUGGAAGACCUGAAAAUCAUAAAGCAAAUCGUUGCUCAGCUCCGUGAUGAUCUGGACAAAGUGAAACACGACAAACCUUCCUCACCUCUUCCCAACUACCAUAACACCCUCAAGCAGGCCCCUUCCUCAAACAGUCAGAACCCUUCUUUCAUAAGUUACUACUCCAAUUACCUCACCAAGAACAAUAGUCAACAGACACCCAAUUCCCAGUCCACAUCUGGGUCCCUGCUCAAUAACCCGAAUUUAGAGAAGUAUCUUCCUCUAUUCCUGAAGAACCUGCUUUAUGAAGACAGCAACGGAAGCCAUCAACACCCAGAGACGUCAGAGAAAGAACAUUUUUGGGACAACGAUCUCAAAAGCGUCAAUAGUUCAAUCCUGACCCUUUCAAGCAAUUCAAAGCUCAAACAGGAGAUUUUAUAG